UGCUCUUUUCUUUGCUACAUUUAUAACGGAAAACGACAAGUGGCGAAUCGUGACUUUUGAACUGCAACUUACAAGAACGAAGCUCUGCUUUGAAUUUGCAAUAAUUCAUAUAAUCUGUAACGUUAUAACCUAAAAGUAUAUCAUUGUUUCAUCUUGAAAACUGAUUUUAGUUUUCCACGUAAAGAACUUUUUAGUGACAUUUGAACUAUUGAUCGUUUUUGAAAGUACUUGUUAAUCAUUUCAAGUUGAUAUCGAGUUGUAAACAGUUAUGCCUCGCACAAAGAGAAUCAGAGCGGUGAACGAAGAUUUGCAAGCAUUCGCCUAUUCGCGGACGAAAAGAUUAAAACGAACGGACACAAUUUCGUCAGAGCUAAGCAACGACAAGACAUCAACAGAUCUGGAUUCUAAUACAGAAAAGAAUGGAGAUGCAGUUGCACAUACAAUGUCUACACUCUCUGAAUCCAUCGCCGACAAACUUUUGUCAGUCGAACAACAACUCAGUACUAAAGUACAAAGUAUCACUUUUCAAUCGUCGGUACAGUAUAUUUACAAUCCACUCGAGUAUGCAUUCGAUACGCAUGCCAUGUACGUACGCAAAUACUGCAAUGGUUCAAAGAAGAUUCUGUUCCUUGGAAUGAAUCCUGGACCUUGGGGCAUGUCGCAAACUGGUGUGCCAUUUGGAGAAAUUAGUAUGGUGCGCGAUUGGCUUAAGAUCUCUGGUUCUGUUGGCACUCCAUCGAAGGAACAUCCUAACCGAAAAGUCACAGGAUUCCAAUGUACACGUAGUGAAGUCAGUGGAAAAAGACUGUGGGGUCUUUUUCAGGACUUAUGUGGUAGUCCUGAAAAGUUCUUUCAAAAUGCAUAUAUGCAUAAUUAUUGUCCCCUUGCACUCAUGGAUACUAAAGCCCGCAACAUCACACCGGCAGAAUUGAAGGGUGAGGGACAAGAACUUUUGCACAGAGCAUGUGACAAGUCCUUGGUGGAUGCUGUACAACUUUUGAAAGUGGAGAUUAUUGUUGGGAUUGGCAAGUAUGCAGAGAAAAGAGCACAGAUUGCAGCUCAAACAGCAGGUCUCCAAGUACAAGUGAUGUUCCUGCCACAUCCGAGUCCAAGAGCUGUAGGCAAUGGGAACUGGAAUGAAAAAGCUAUACAGCACUUAGAAGAGUUGAAGUUAAUGAAGUUUUUCAAAACUGCAGAUACUUAAAGCUCACACAAUAUACAAUUGUAAAUAUGGAUACUUUGGCUUGGAUGGAUGCCGCGUUACAAAAGGCUGAAGAAUCUCUACGAGAGGGUGAGGUUCCUGUAGGCUGUCUGUUUGUGUACAA